AUGUCACAAUACAGCAGAAAAAACACGUUAGUAGUGGAUUUUGGUAUCUUGCCAAAGCGCCCCGCUUUGGAAGAAGUGGAAAAGUUCCUGAAGUGUUUUGUAAAACUUGAUAUGGCUGAUGUAAGGAGCAUUCAGAUCCAUAACAUUAAAAACUGCCUGUAUAUUGAGAUGAAUGACCCUGGUGUAGCCCCGCGGCUACAAAAACUGCAUCACCUACAACACUGCUUCGUUCUCGAGGGAGUAAAAUACUACAUCCCGGUAUACGUGGAUGGUCCAACAACAACCGUGAGGAUUCACGAUCUUCCGCCGCAAAUCUGCAACGACUCCAUCGCCGACCACUUGCAGCAGUACGGGAGAGUGAUCUCCAUUCAUAACGAAGUGUGGAAGAACUUCUUCUCGGGGAUACCCAAUGGUGUGCGCGUCGUUCGGAUGCGGUUGGAUAAACCAAUACCGUCGCACAUUGUUGUGAACAGCCACGGCACGUACGUUAGGCUGUGA